AUGCUUUCGACCCGAGAUCACCGACCACGAGGGCACGAAGGGCGAGUCCUUCGGUCGUUGUGUGAAUGCUUAGACCUCGAAGAAGAGGCGAUUUUGAGCUCUUUACAUCAGCCCUUGGAGGCUUGCGCGAACUCUCAGAAGGCCAUGAGGUUGCAUGCGAAGCUGAGGAGAGGUGAUGUAAAGGCACUGAUACCAAGCCUGCCGGACCUCAUGCUGAUGAACUUGCAGGAGAUUUUGGAUGUCUGGCCGGAAGCAGAGGCAGAGGCCCCUACUGCUACGGCCGAUCUUCCUGGGUCCCAUGGCGCAGUCAUGAACGAGAUGCAGCUCUCCUACGUCCUCGGACGCCAGACGCCCUCAUCCGGCGGCUGCCAAAUCUACACGGAGCUGGAUUGGCAGAGGGGGAGCCUCGAUCUCCUGAAGCUCGAACAGGCAGUGAAGCACGUGGUGCGCAAGGAACCCAUGCUGCGGGCCAUGUACCGAACAGAAGUGCGAGGAGAAGUGCAGGUAGAAGUUCGGCAUGCCGGCACUUUUGCCUGUCAGGAGAUUCGAGAAGACCUCGACUGGCAUCUGAAGGUGGAAGAUUCCCACCUGGCGCGGAUGAUCUGGAGUCGACCUUUGCCUUCGGACCGCUUUUGGGCCCUGGGGGCCUCCGAGCCGGAAGGCAAAGUGCGGCUGCAUCUGGCAGUGGAUAUGACCUUCUUGGAUGCAGAGAGCUGGUGGAUGGUAUUCUACAAGGUUGCAGCGGCUUAUCGUGCGGGGCUGUCGCUGGCGAUUCAGCAAGACGAUGACUCUUCCGACAAUGACUUUUUUCAGUACUGCAACCGCCGGAAUCUUCAUGUUUUGGAAGGCGAGGAGGAGUGGAAGGUUCGCUUGGCCAGCCUUCCCCUUGGACCCGAGCUGUCUUGGUGCAAGCGACUGGGCCAGGGCCAAGUCGAGGCUUUUGGGCGCCUCUCUUCAUGCGUGCCGUGUAGUACAUGGCUUGGCAUGAAGAAGUUGGCCCAGAACUACGGCGUAACAUCCACGAACCUUCUGCUGACCUACUUCCAGGAUGCAUUGGCCUUCAACUCCCGUUCCAGUGCCUUCACGCUGACAGCCACCGUCAGCCGUCGACCACCUGAGUGCAAAGGACUCGGGGAGUUCACGAAUGUUGCGCUCUUGUCCUGUGACGAGGAGGUCCUGAGGAAGGAUCGAAAGUCCCGAGCGCAGGAAGUAAAGCAACAUCUUCUACAGCAAAUCCAGCUGGACCAGAUAACAGGUAUGCAUGUGAUGAGGCUCUGGCGCCAGUUGCGUGGCGAGCAGCUGCUCCUGCCUGUGGUCGUCACAUCCUUGUUGGAUGUGGUGGAGCCAGUCGAGGUGGGUGGCCAAGUGCCGAGCAUUAACUACCAGUGCACUCAAACACCAACAGUCCGGCUCGACAUCCAGCUUUACGAGUCAGUCCACGGUUUGCACAUCAACUUUGACUAUGACAAGAGAUGGCUGAGCGAAGAUGUGGUGAAGCAGUUGCAGAGGCAUCACACAAAUGGAAGCAGUGGCAAGUGGAAGAGAACUAUGGACACCACAGCCCCAACGAGCAAAGUGCCAGUUUGCUAUGGUUCGAGUGAGGCAGAUGCAUCAGGAACAGCUGUGCGCAGCCCAGAGAUGAACUUGACCUAUGCAGACCUCCGGAAAGCCGUUCAUCACUUGGCCUGGGAAUUGGUCGAAGCCGGGGCCUCUGGCUUCCGCGUGGCAGUAGCGAUGCUCAAAGGCUGGGAGGAAGUCGUAGCUUGCCUCGGCACGCUCCAAUGUGGUGCGAGCUAUGUUCCCCUUGAGAUCACGGACGGGCGCUGGCUUUCGGUGCUGAGCAAGGCAGACUGCCACAUGCUCUUGAUGACCCCGGCCUCCUGCAGCGAGAGCAAGAUCCCUCUGAGGCAGCAGCCGGACGUUCAGGUGAAAGAGAUUGGAAUGGAGUGGUUGCACCAAGCGCUUCAAGCAUCAGAAUCUCCCCAACAUUAUCCUGAGAUCUCAGCAGGUGAUACAGCCUACAUCAUCUUCACAUCCGGAUCCACCGGAGAACCGAAAGGAGUGGCAAUCUCACACCGUUCCGCUUCGAACACAUGCAUCAGCGUCAAUGAGCUUGUUCGUCUGAACAAGACCGACCGCGUUUUGGCACUGUCGAACCUGAAUUUCGAUCUCUCUGUGUAUGACAUCUUUGGGACGCUUGCAGCAGGUGCCACUAUUGUUCUGGGCUGUUCCAGCAGAUUGAGGGACUAUCGCUACCUUUGUGAACUUGUCCUGAAGGAGGAGGUCAGCAUUUGGAACUCAGUCCCCUUGAGGUUUGAGCUGGAAGAGUGGAAUGACCAUGCUGAGCGCUUGCCCAUCCGUGCGGCCUUGAUCAGCGGUGAUGCCAUCCGCACAAGUUUCGCACAAAAGGUCAAGCUGCGAUUUCCGCAAAUGAAGUUCCUGGCCUUGGGAGGGGCCACUGAGGCGUCCAUAUGGAGCAACUGCCACGAGUUCACGGACGACUCGCCCAGUGAUCUUCCAUUGGUGCUUUAUGGAGGGCCUCUACCGAAUCAGUGCAUGUACGUCCUGGACUUUCUCCUGCGUGUCCGCCCUCCGUAUGUCUUGGGCGAGAUAUUCAUUGGAGGUCUAGGAGUUGCAAAGGAGUACUUCAACGAUCCGGAGCGCACGAGUUCAGCUUUCAUUUUGCACGAGAAGUUUGGUCGCUUGUACAGAACUGGUGAUGAAGGUCGGUACCUUCCGAGUGGAGAGAUUCAGAUCAUCGGCCGCAUGGACCAACAAGUGAAGGUGAAUGGAUACCGUGUGGAGCUCGGGGAGAUUGAGGCAACAGCCAAUCAGGUCUUGAGCGGCGGCCGAGCUGUCGUCGUGGCGAAGCGAGAUGCUCAAGGUGUGACACGUCUUCGCGGCUUCUUCUGCUUGGAACCUGGUGCUACAAAGGAUGAGAAGGAGGUGAGCUCAGCUGUGCAAACUCACUUGCAAGCCGCUUUGCCCCUGUAUAUGUGGCCGGAAAGUUGGACUCAUUUGCCCGAGAUACCGCACAGUUUGAACGGGAAGGUGGACAAGAAGAAGCUUUGGGACCGCAGUUCGAAUGCCAUCUCGCAACAGCCUCCGGUGAAAGCUGUAGACCCAUGUGCAUCGCGCGUUCAUUACGUGGAAGUCCUGUUGCAGCAUUCGAGGGGCCUGCUACAAAAACCGGAAUUGGACAAGGAUGAGAACCUGGUCAGUGCAGGGAUGUCGUCAAUUCGCAUGAGGGAGUUGAACGUCCGCAUUUGCAAGGAUCUGGGCAUCAAAGUACCUACUCACGCUGUCAUGGACCAUCCGACCGUGGCGAAGUUUGCAGAGCACUUGCUGGACUUGGGUCGUCCUCCAGCAGAGCCCCAGGAUCUUCUGCAGACUCCGAAAUUGAGGCUUUUGGAGAGCUCGCGGAUGUUGAUUUCAGGAUUCGCCAACAUGUUUCCUAGCAGCUUCAGCAGCCUCUACCGAGGCACCGACUGCCAAACAACCGUACCUCUUAGCCGCUUCGACAUCGAGGAAUACUUCAGCCCGGAUGAAGCCGGGAAGGCGUACACUCGCCAUGGUGCCUUUCUUCCUUGCGUGGAAGCCUUCGAUCCUGGCAGCUUUAACCUGAGUGAUGCUGAGGCUGCAGGAAUGGAUCCACAACAAAGGCUCGGCCUGACAGUGGCAAAGUCAGCUCUGCCUUCAAUGCGCGCUUUCAAGGACUUGGCGGUCUUCGUGGGGCAGAUGAAUUACGACUCGAUGGUUGCAGCCCGGGCGCCAGCCCCCUAUGGAAGCACCGGCAUCGCACCCUCCAUCGUUGCGAAUCGCAUCAGCUACUGCUUUGAUUUGCGGGGUCCGAGCAUGUCAGUGGACACAGCCUGCUCAUCAAGCCUUGUGGCAGUGUAUCUGGCCGCCAGCCAUCGCGGGAAUUCCCUGGUACUGGGCUCCACUGUCUUGCUGUCGCCGGACAUGUACCUCACAGCUUGCAAAGCCGGUAUGCUUUCUCGAAAGGGCCGCUGUGCCACCUUGGAUCAGAGCGCAAAUGGCUUUGCGCGAGGAGAAGGUGUGGCUGCAGUCUUGUUGGCACCAGACUUGGGAAACGCUCUCGAAGACAAGGCCCAUCUGCUCAGCGCGGCUGUGAACCAGAGUGGUAAGAACAGUGCAAUCACACAUCCAAACUCCCAUGCCCAAGAAGCGGUGAUACGGCGGGCCCUGGGAAAUGUUGGAACCUCCGUCAUUCGUGCCCAUGAACUUCACGGCACAGGGACCCCUCUUGGAGAUCCUUUGGAGGCCGAGGCCCUCAGGAGGGUGAUGGGCGAGAGGGGCGAGAGCGAGAGGGAGUCCGACGUGGUUCUGCAGGCGCUGAAGACACAUUGGGGACAUCUUGAGGGGUCAGCGGGCCUGGCUGGCUUUCUCAAGCAGGUCCUGUUGGCCCAUAGCCAGGUUGCUGCCCCAAACUUACAUCUGCGGUUGUCGGGCACCAUGGUGCCCACGCUGGAGGCUGUGGGCCUGGAAGCGAGCUCCGGCAAAGUUGCCACGGUGUCUUCCUUCGGCUUUGGUGGCAGCAAUGCAUGUGCGACCUUGUCCAUCUGUUCUGCGAGCCGCUCCAACAUUCCCGGAUGCCAAGUCACUCGGGUGGGAAAGUUCUUUCCGACUCGCUUCACCCCGGUGAAGCUCACCCGCAUGCGUUGGCACAAGGUCCAAGACUCUGUUCUGCGAGUUGCGUUGUCCCUUGAGAUCUCGCUCUUGCCUCUGCAUCUUACCUGGUACCCGACGUGUGCCUGCGUGACCGAGGCUGUUCCGCUCGGCAUCGCAUGCUGGCCAGUGUCAGAUGGCUCGCCAGAGCUUGCAGCUCUCGUUGAGAAAUGCGCGCGACUUGUCUUGGCCCGUUUGCAGCAGACCGCCGAGGCCACAAUGCAGACGGCUCAGCCUUUGAUUCUCGCCGGCUUCGGCAAGUUCGCAGAACUUUGUUUCCAUGCUGCCGCCAGCAUGCUGCGCAGUGCACGGUGUGAGCAGCCAUUGACCAUGCAGGCGAAGACUUGUUUGGAUCAAAGCAAUGCGGUCGUGCUGGUGGAGGCCAGUGACUGGCAGGAGGUGGCGACGGCUCUCUCCAUGAUGAGCUUGCCGCCAGCUUCUGAAGAGCCCAUCUGCCGUGUGGGGGCCGGGACAUUGGAAGUACCUCGGCUGGAAAGGUGGUGGCCCGAGUUGGUGCAGGACUCCGCGAUCAGCGUUCGCACCGGCGGCCGCUACGUGAUCACUGGUGGCAGUGGUGGAUUGGGAACGGCUUGUGCGCAGUGGCUCCUGAACCAAGGUGCCGGCUCCUUGAUACUUCUUUCCCGGAGACGCCCGGCCAUGUGUGACGGAUCUUGCCCGGCCGAGUGGCUGGAAUGCGACGUCUCCUUGCCGGCGGCUUUGCAAGAGGCUAUAAACCAGAUACGCACAGAGGGCCCCGUGCACGGCAUCACUCACGCCGCAGGAGUUCUCGCCGACAAACUGCUGGCAGAACAGACCACGGAAGAUCUCCAUUCGUGCCUGGCCUGCAAGAUCGUCCCCGCAUUGCUCCUGCCGCAGCUCGAGUGCGCUGAUUGGAUUGUGAACUUUAGCUCCGUGAGCUCUGUCUUGGGGAGUGCCGGGCAAGUUGCCUACAGCGCGGCCAACGGCUGCCUCGAUGGGGCAUGGCCAAGCGUACCGAAGGUGCUUUGCAACAUGCUGCACGGAGAGGGGGCUAUUUGUGCUCUGCACGACGGCGAAUGUGGUGCUGGUGGUGAUUGUGAAGGUGAACCCAGCGAUUUGGUACAAGAGCCGCAGACCUCAUCAGCUUCACCCUCCGUGAAGCCGACGGCAGCGGAAGCAUCUUACGAGGAAGUGCUGAGCAGGGUGCGGAGGGUUGUUGCACAGACAGCGGAGGAUGACACAUCCGACACAAGCCCCUUGCAUGAGGCCUUGACUUCCCUGAGUGUUACGGAGCUCAGACAUCACUUAAAGGAAGAGUUCACGAUGGAUUUUCCCCAAACGCUGAUCUUCUCAUUUCCGACAGUGAAAGAGAUCGCCGAUCACAUCAGCGGAGAGUUGAAAGACCCCUGGGUUGAGCUCAGAAGUUCCCAUGCAGCUGGCAUGGUCUUGUUCCUGCUGGGCGGUGCUGCCGCGGACGUGCAGAAGUCGUUUGGCGACUUUGCCAAAGGUUAUAGUGGUCGAGUCUUUGCAGCUAUGCCCCCAAGAGCGAGAGACAUGACAAUGGACCGAAUCCUUCAGGAUCUUGGACCGUCUCUGAAGCGAAGAAUCCGAGACUUGAAGGAACCUUUCGCGAUAGGUGGCCUAUCCUUUGGGGCCACGGUGGCCAUGGAGCUGGCCAGACACUGGGCUGAAGAAGCCCGGUAUGUUGUGCUGCUUGACCCACGCAACAUACCUCCCUACGCCUUGCCGGCAGCUUCUCUUCGUGAGCCGCUCUGGUACGAACGCAUCUGCAUCCAGAUGGAAUCAUGCACCCUUCCGAUGCCAGCAGUCCAUGUCUUCGCAAGCACGGUGUCCCGACACAACGACGGCUUCAAGGCGAGUGCAUCUCUAGGUUUCCAGCAGGACGAUGAAGUUCAUGACCGGCUCGAGAAGAUCUUCAACAACGCCAUCUUGCGUGUCCCGACAAGCGCGGACCACUUCGAAUUCCUAAGUGGUGUGAGUGCCUGCGAGCUUGCGGAGAGGAUUGUGGAGGUCAUGGAGCUUGAAAAGUUCGAUGAAGCACAUGAGAAAGUUCCAGAUUGUCAGGGGCCCAACAUGUGGGCAGAAGUUGCAGGCUUCAGUUGCAACUUUCCAGCAGGACAACAGGGAUUCGAUGCUGUCCUCCAGUCUUUGCUCCGUGGCAGUGACGGUGUCUCAACAAUCCCCUUCUCCAGACUGGACUUGGAUGCAAGCUCCGUGUACACCACUCACGCGGCUUGCAUCCCAGCGGUGGAGCUCUUUGAUCACGAGAGCUUUAAGAUCAAGAUCCCCGAGGCCCACGCUAUGGACCCACAGCAGCGCAUACUCUUGGAACAGUCAGCAGUGGCCUUGGGCUCAUUGCGCACACAUGAUCGCCCGCUUAGCCUCGGAGUUUGGGUCGGUCAGGCGAACCAUGACUGGCUUUGUCGGAGUUGGCAGAGUACUUCGCCGUUUGCAGCCGGUGGUGCUUCGCCGUCCAUCUCUGCAAACAGGCUCAGCUACAUCUUCCGGCUUCUCGGCCCGAGUGUUGUGGUGGACACGGCCUGUUCUUCCAGCUUAGUGGCUCUCUGCAUGGCUCGGGAUGCAGGGGCCGGAGCUCUAGUCGCAGGCACUCAUGUGUUUGCUGAUGUCCACAUGUUCGAAAAAGCUUGCAGCACAACUGCGCUGUCAACUCGUGGCCGCUGCUUCACCUUCGAUGCGUCGGCCGAUGGCUACAGCCGUGGGGAGGGCGUGGGCGUUCUGAGGCUGCAAUCCGGGACGUCUGCCGGUGCAGGCUCGGAGGGCCUGCUGGGCAUCGAGGCCGCCGCCACGAACCACAACGGGCGCAGCGCCAGCCUCACAGCGCCCAACGGCCCCGUGCAGCAAGCUCUCUUCCGCAGGGUUCUGUCGCAGGCUGGCGUGGCGGGUGCGCACGUGGACCUAGUGGAGGUGCAUGGCACAGGCACGAAGCUCGGCGACCCCAUUGAGGCACAGUCCACGGCUGAGGUUUUCGAGUCGCCUGGCCUCGUCCUUGGAGCGGUGAAGUCGAACAUGGGCCACCUCGAGGGGUCUGCAGGUAUGGCGGGCAUCUUCAAGCUGAUCACGGUUCUCCGUUCACAGGUUGCCCCCCCGAACCUGCACAUCUACCAGCUCAACCAGCACGUCUCCUACUCCGGCUUCUUCCCCGAUGCCCUCAUGCAGCUGACCCCGAGCCGCGGCGCCGUCUCCUCCUUCGGCUUUGGGGGCAGCAACGCGCAAGCCAUGCUGGUGCCGGGGGAGAAAGGGGAGCACAUUGUCGACGCCGGGCCUGCCAUGCCAGCUAAGAAGGCCUUCUUGCCCAUCCAGCGCUGGCUGAACCCGUUGCUUCGGCGUCGGAGUGGCUUCUGCUUCGACCUGCGACUGGAGCGAUGCAGGCAGGCGUUUCAGGACCACGCGGUUGCAGGACGCAUCCUGGUGCCGGCCGCAGGCCUGCUGACCAUGAUGGCCGCCGCGCAGGCAGAAGCAGCACGUGAAGCAGCGCAUGCACAUCUCAGCAAGCUUUCGGCUCAUCUCUCCGACGUCGUCUUCAAGGAGGCUACUCACUUGAAAGCCCCGGUGUCGCUUGAGCUCAAGGGCCAGGAAGUCGUGGUGCGAGCUGCCGAGCGUAUCACGGUGGAAGCCGCAGCAGUAACGGUCGGCGACCAGAUGCCAAAGCUUCCUGGCGGCGUGGACCUCGCCACCCUCCGUGACGCUUGCACAAAUUUGAUUGGGACUGAGAGCUUGCAGAGCUUCUAUGCCAGUCUUGAAAGGCAAGGUGUGCAGAUGGGUGCACGGUUCCGUGUGCUUCAGUCGGUACGCUGCAGUGACAUGAGUGCCGUUGCCGAGCUACGACUACCUGCCGCAGCAGAGACUUGGGAACAUGCCCUUCAACUUCCGAACUGGAGCCUUUUGGACGGCGGAAUUCAGUUGCUGGGCUUCCUGGGGCACGCCCGUGCUGGCGUGUGUAUUCCCUUUUCCGUGAAAUCAUGCUGGCUUGCUGAAGUCCCUCUCAACGGUCGAUUGCCCAAGCUGACCGCCUAUGCAAGCAUCACGUCCCUUGAAGAAGGCACGAUCCAAGGAGAUGUCGCGCUUGCAGCUGAGAGCGGAGAGGUAGUUGCCGUGGUCACGGGUCUUCUUGCCCGCAGUGUGGCUCCUGUCAAUGUGGCUCCUGACGAUGUGGAGAUGCGCAGGGCUUCGACCGCGGCGGGCAGCUUUCAGGGUUUGGCGGAGGCUGGUGACGAGGACGCGCUGAGGAUGCAGGAGGGGGGGAUGAACGUUCUUGCCCUCCGAUGUUGGAGGGAGCUCCGUGCCGAGCAGCAAAUCCAACGCCUGGAGCAUUGCUGCGCAGAAGUGUUGGCCACACUGCAGCAGGCAGCCCGCGCAGGUGUGCCGUGGCAGGUGAUUGUUGCUGGCGGCGGUCGGUUUGCACAGGCGUGCUUCAGCGCUGCAGCCAGCAUGCUGCGCAGUGCCCAAUGUGAGCAGGAACUUCAUGUGCAGGUCGUGCUGGUGGAGGCCAGUGACUGGCAGGAGGUGGCGACGGCUCUCUCCAUGAUGAGCUUGCCGCCAGCUUCUGAAGAGCCCAUCUGCCGUGUGGGGGCCGGGACAUUGGAAGUACCUCGGCUGGAAAGGUGGCGGCCCGAGUUGGUGCAGGACGCCGCGAUCUGCGUUCGCACCGGCGGCCGCUACGUGAUCACUGGUGGCAGUGGUGGAUUGGGAACGGCCUGCGUGCAGUGGCUCCUGAACCAAGGUGCCGGCUCCUUGAUACUUCUUUCCCGGAGGCGCCCGGCCAUGUGUGACGGAUCUUGCCCGGCCGAGUGGCUGGAAUGCGACGUCUCCUUGCCGGCGGCUUUGCAAGAGGCCAUAAACCAGAUACGGACAGGGGGCCCUGUGCACGGCAUCAUUCACGCCGCGGGAGUUCUCGCCGACAAGCUGCUGGCAGAACAGACCGCAGAAGAUCUCCAUUCGUGCCUGGCCUGCAAGAUCGUCCCCGCAUUGCUCCUGCCGCAGCUCGAGUGCGAGGAUUGGAUUGUGAACUUUAGCUCCGUGAGCUCUGUCUUGGGGAGUGCCGGGCAAGUUGCCUACAGCGCGGCCAACGGCUGCCUCGAUGGGUUGGGCCAGACAGCUCCGGAUCAUGCUCCACGCGUGCUCACGAUCCAGUGGGGCCCGUGGGCGGAGGCAGGCAUGGCUGCUAGGCCGCAGGCCUUGCGCCGGGCACGGCAGCACGGCUUCGGUGCCUUCAAGACGGACCAGGGCAUCGCCAUCUUGGAGCAACUCUUGACUCGGAAUGUGCAGGGCCAUGUGUGUGCAGUCCAAAUCAGCUGGGAGCAUUUCCACUGGCCUGGCCACGCGGCGGCGGCUCUCACAUCGCGCUUUAAGCUUGGCCUCCAGUCGCGACAACCAAUGGCGAGAUCACUUCUCCAGAGGCUCCUUGCCAAGCUACUGGGACACAUGCCCGAGGCCGACCAGCCACUGAUGGAUGCAGGGCUGGAUUCUCUUCUGGCGGUAGAUCUCGCAAACCAGGUUUCCUUGCAACUUGCUCGACGGCUCCCAUCCACCUGGGCCUUUGACCACCCGACCGUGAAUGCUAUGGUGCGCGGGCUGGCCGAAACGACGGCGAUGCGGAUGGAGACGCUGCCAGAGCCAGGCAGAGCAGCAGCAUCUGUGACUGUGUCAUCCGCGCGAUGCCUGUUACCCAAUUGCCCCAGCUUCUUUGAGGGCGAGGACUGCAUCGUGCGAAUGCCGUAUGCCCGCAUGGAUCUCGAUGCUUGCUUUGACUCUGAGGGUUCGCAGGGCAUGUCUUACACAAUGCAUGCUGCAUGCAUGGCCGGAGUCGAGCUUUUCGAUGGUGAGCACUUUGGAAUCAAGCUUCCUGAAGCAAGCAUGAUGGACCCGCAACAGCGGCUCCUUUUGCAGGCGGCUAGGGCAGCGGGGUGCGAUCUGCUUAAUGACUCAGAUGCUGCGGUUAUCAUUGGGCAAGCGAAUCACGACUGGGCAUCGGAAGCUCAUUCUUCCAGUCCUUUUCUUGGCACGGGCGUGUCGCCAGCCAUCACGAGUAAUCGCAUCAGCUUUCAUUUCUCUUUGAAAGGACCAAGCAUGACCAUUGACACCGCUUGUUCAUCCAGCCUUGUAGCGCUGGCAGUCGCCCUGAGCCUGCCCGGCCCUGCACUGAUGGGCGCCACGCACGUCAUGACGAGCACCCUGCCAUUUAUCGGCUGUUGCCAAGCUCAGAUGCUAUCUAAGCGUGGCCGCUGCCUCACCUUCGAUGCGUCGGCCGAUGGCUACAGCCGUGGGGAGGGCGUGGGCGUUCUCAGGCUGCAAUCCGGGACGUCUGCCGGUGCAGGCUCGGAGGGCCUGCUGGGCAUCGAGGCCGCCGCCACGAACCACAACGGGCGCAGCGCCAGCCUCACAGCGCCCAACGGCCCCGUGCAGCAAGCUCUCUUCCGCAGGGUUCUGUCGCAGGCUGGCGUGGAGGGUGCGCACGUGGACCUAGUGGAGAUGCAUGGCACAGGCACGAAGCUCGGCGACCCCAUUGAGGCACAGUCCACGGCUGAGGUUUUCGAGUCGCGUGGCCUCGUCCUUGGAGCGGUGAAGUCGAACAUGGGCCACCUCGAGGGGUCUGCAGGUAUGGCGGGCAUCUUCAAGCUGAUCACGGUUCUCCGUUCACAGGUUGCCCCCCCGAACCUGCACAUCUACCAGCUCAACCAGCACGUCUCCUACUCCGGCUUCUUCCCCGAUGCCCUCAUGCAGCUGACCCCGAGCCGCGGCGCCGUCUCCUCCUUCGGCUUUGGGGGCAGCAACGCGCAAGCCAUGCUGGUGCCGGGGGAGAAAGGGGAGCACAUUGUCGACGCCGGGCCUGCCAUGCCAGCUAAGAAGGCCUUCUUGCCCAUCCAGCGCUGGCUGAACCCGUUGCUUCGGCGUCGGAGUGGCUUCUGCUUCGACCUGCGACUGGAGCGAUGCAGGCAGGCGUUUCAGGACCACGCGGUUGCAGGACGCAUCCUGGUGCCGGCCGCAGGCCUGCUGACCAUGAUGGCCGCCGCGCAGGCAGAAGCAGCACGUGAAGCAGCGCAUGCACAUCUCAGCAAGCUUUCGGCUCAUCUCUCCGACGUCGUCUUCAAGGAGGCUACUCACUUGAAAGCCCCGGUGUCGCUUGAGCUCAAGGGCCAGGAAGUCGUGGUGCGAGCUGCCGAGCGUAUCACGGUGGAAGCCGCAGCAGUAACGGUCGGCGACCAGAUGCCAAAGCUUCCUGGCGGCGUGGACCUCGCCACCCUCCGUGAUGCUUGCACAAAUUUGAUUGGGACUGAGAGCUUGCAGAGCUUCUAUGCCAGUCUUGAAAGGCAAGGUGUGCAGAUGGGUGCACGGUUCCGUGUGCUUCAGUCGGUACGCUGCAGUGACAUGAGUGCCGUUGCCGAGCUACGACUACCUGCCGCAGCAGAGACUUGGGAACAUGCCCUUCAACUUCCGAACUGGAGCCUUUUGGACGGCGGAAUUCAGUUGCUGGGCUUCCUGGGGCACGCCCGUGCUGGAGUGUGUAUUCCCUUUUCCGUGAAAUCAUGCUGGCUUGCUGAAGUCCCUCUCAACGGUCGAUUGCCCAAGCUGACCGCCUAUGCAAGCAUCACGUCCCGUGAAGAAGGCACGAUCCAAGGAGAUGUCGCGCUUGCAGCUGAGAGCGGAGAGGUAGUUGCCGUGGUCACGGGUCUUCUUGCCCGCAGUGUGGCUCCUGUCAAUGUGGCUCCUGACGACGUGGAGAUGCGCAGGGACUCGUACAAGAUAUCUUGGCUGAAACAAGAAGGGCGGGCUUCGACCGCGGCGGGCAGCUUUCAGGGUUUGGCGGAGGCUGGUGACGAGGACGCGCUGAGGACGGAGGAGGGGGGGAGGAACAUUCUUGCCCUCCGAUGUUGGAGGGAGCUCCCUGCCGAGCAGCAAAUCCAACGCCUGGAGCAUUGCUGCGCAGAAGUGUUGGCCACACUGCAGCAGGCAGCCCGCGCAGGUGUGCCGUGGCAGGUGAUUGUUGCUGGCGGCGGUCGGUUUGCACAGGCGUGCUUCAGCGCUGCAGCCAGCAUGCUGCGCAGUGCCCAAUGUGAGCAGGAACUUCAUGUGCAGGACCACUUAGACCGUCUUGUAAUGCGUGGUACUUUGGCGACCAGGUCGGUGGAGGCCAGUGACUGGCAGGAGGUGGCGACGGCUCUCUCCAUGGUGAGCUUGCCGCCAGCUUCUGAAGAGCCCAUCUGCCGUGUGGGGGCCGGGACAUUGGAAGUACCUCGGCUGGAAAGGUGGUGGCCCGAAUUGGUGCAGGACGCCGCGAUCUGCGUUCGCACCGGCGGCCGCUACGUGAUCACUGGUGGCAGUGGUGGAUUGGGAACGGCCUGUGCAAAGUGGCUCCUGAACCAAGGUGCCGGCUCCUUGAUACUUCUUUCCCGGAGGCGCCCGGCCAUGUGUGACGGAUCUUGCCCGGCCGAGUGGCUGGAAUGCGACGUCUCCUUGCCGGCGGCUUUGCAAGAGUCCAUGGACCGGAUACGGACAGGGGGCCCUGUGCACGGCAUCAUUCACGCCGCGGGAGUUCUCGCCGACAAGCUGCUGGCAGAACAGACCGCAGAAGAUCUCCAUUCGUGCCUGGCCUGCAAGAUCGUCCCCGCAUUGCUCCUGCCGCAGCUCGGGUGCGAGGAUUGGAUUGUGAACUUUAGCUCCGUGAGCUCUGUCUUGGGGAGUGCCGGGCAAGUUGCCUACAGCGCGGCCAACGGCUGCCUCGAUGGGUUGGGCCAGACAGCCCCCGAUCAUGCUCCACGCGUGCUCACGAUCCAGUGGGGCCCGUGGGCGGAGGCUGGGUGA